CCUACGAAUGAGGCUUCUGGAUGGAACAUAGUGAACACAGCCAGGCACUUGUCAGAGCUGAGCUUUCCCUGCUGCACACACUAAGGGUCCUGUCUCUGUGCUUACCUCCUCCUAGCUUACCCAGCACAUUCCCAAAGCUGGAGGAGGGACAGCGUGGGUGGGUGCGUGGUGGAAAGGGCAGGCGCCUCAUGUCACAUUCUGUCAUGAGGGAGGAUUUGUCCAGGAGUCGGCAGGGAUUUCAUAAGCUGCAGGAUUCCAGUGGGGUCCAGGGUAGGUGGAGGCAUCUUGAAGCAGAGCCACCCAUGCGGUUGGUAGGUACAGUUCGUCGCCGCGCUCCUUCUCGACAGCCCAUGGACUUCCAAGCCAGCCACUGGGUCCGAGGGUCCCAGAGCCGCACUUGUAGGCCGCGCCCGGGAUCCCCUGAGCCGCCGCCCCGCCGGCCCUGGGCCUCCAGGGUGCUGCAGGAGGCGACCAACUGGCGGGCGGGGCUCCCGGCCGAGGUCCGAGCCCGGGAGCAAGAGAAAAGGAAAGCGGCGUCGCAGGAGCGGGAGGCCAAGGAGACAGAGCGAAAAAGGCGCAAGGCCGCUGGGCCCCGACGGAGCCCCCUGGGCCAGUCCAGCCAGGAACCCCGCAACGCCCCCCGGGCGGCCCAGCCUGCCGGGCUGCCAGCGCCCCCUCGGCCCGAGCGCUUCGGGCAGGCUACGAGAGCGCCCCGUCCACCCGCCGCGCAACCGCGCCGCGACCCAGGGCCGGUGUGGGCGGGGCCUUGGGGGGGGCGUCGCCCCGGGCCCCCCAGCUAUGAGGCUCACCUGCUGCUGAGAGGCGCCGCAGGCGCUGCCCCGCGACGCCGCUGGGACCGGCCGCCACCCUACGUGGCUCCACCCUCCUACGAAGGUCCCCACAGGACCCUGGGGACAAGGCGAGGCCCAGAGCUCUCCCUGGCGACCCCGUCCUCCGCCCCAGCUCCUACCCUAGCCAGGACAGAGGCAGGGCGCGCUAAGAAGAGGCUGGAUCCUCGAAUCUACCGGGACGUACUCGGGGCUUGGGGUCUCCGGCAGGGGCGAGGUCUCUUAGGGGGGUCGCCCGGCUGUGCAACCGCCGGGCCGAGGCCGGAGUGUGCCAAGGGGGCCGCGGAGAGAAGCCCGGGGCUGGCUGCUGCUGCCCUCCACGGCGGCAGCGACGGCCACCCCCAAGCCAACAUUCCCGGUGGCCCAAGCUCGGAGACCGCUCCGGCUGGGUGCGCACCUGCGGCGCCCAGGCCCCCGUGCCCCACCCCCAGGUCCAGGCACCGACUCCAGGGCUCGAGGGAAGGGAAGGAAGGAAGGCAGCAAGUUUGGCUUCCAAAAGGCUGGAUUCCUUCUCCUAAAAAGCAGCUGCCACGCCAUAGCCAGACCCUGCCCAGACCCUGGGCUCCAGGAGGCACGGGGUGGAGGGCGUCCCCGGGGCAGGGAGAGGGGGCGGGAGCCGAGGCCCAGGACCCGUGGAGGGCCGCCCGGCGCGCCCACACCCUGCCCCGCAGCUCGCGGGGGCCCGCGCGUGGAGAAGGCGUCUUUGUCAUUGACGCCACGUGCGUGGUGAUACGGUCCCAGUACGUGCCAACUCCGGGGAGCCAGCAGGGGCAGCUUUUGUCCGCUGAGGAGCCGCGCGUCGCGGGCGAUGGCCCUAAGGAGCCCGAGCGCUGCUCCGCGGAGGCUGAGGGGCGCUCAGUCGUUCCCUCCGCCGGCCGGAAGCUGCCGCCGGGAGGUUGCUUUCCACAGCAGCCCAGUGGGGGGCACGCGUGCGAAGCCGAGGGCGGGAAGCCGCAGGACUCCUCCCCGGAGGAGCGAGCGACCCGCACUUCGGGCCUCUCGGCCGGCGAGGUCCACCUGCCUCGCGCCGCCGCGCGUCUCGGGAGCCCAGAGCGCGCAGCCUCAGGCCCGGCGGCUCCGGCGGGCGCGGGCGGCGAGCAGGUCUCGAAAGCGCCGGCGGCCCCACGGCGCGCGGGCGCGGGUUGGCCGCGGACUCCCGGGCCCUACGCCGGAGCCCUGCGGGAAGCCGUGUCCCGUAUCCGCCGCCACACCGCCCCGGACUCGGACUCAGACGAAGGUGGGGAGCCCAGCGGCCGCAGCGGCUCCUCGGAUGGAAGCGACGCCGAGGCCCCGGGCGCCUCCUGGCGGAAGGAGCGGACCCUGCCCCGGGAAGGCGGGAAGACGGCGGGGCUGGAGGGCAGCGCCCCGGCCAUUCGGGGCGCCCUCGGCCGGCAGGGACAGGCCCCCGCUCCGGGGGAGAACGCCAAGGGGACCCCGCCGUGAGAGGCCCUCCUGGGCCCGCGCCCGCGACCCCCUGCCCUGUCUCCCCACGGACUUCCCUUCUUGUUCCCCACCUACUGCUGUUCCUAUGUGAAAUAGAAAGGAAAGGAGAGGAAAAGGAGCUCGGGUCCGGCUGUGCUUCGGAAGGGGCGCGGUCCCGGCGGUG